CAAGUUCUUAAAACGUGGGGGGCGAGUAAUGAACUGCUUGAAACCGCUUUAAGGUCUUCUCCGUCUCCAAAACCCUAGACCUAGCGCGCACUGUUUCUCUCUCUCCCUCUCUCUCUCUCAAUUUGAGCAACAAUGGCGAGCAAUUCACUGGACGAAGAAACGGCGAAGAAAGUCAUUCGUCAGGUUGAGUUCUACUUCGGCGAUAGCAACCUCCCUAGGGACAAGUUUCUGAAUAAAACGAUCGGUGACAGUGAAGAUGGCUGUAUCCUCCUGUUCACACCUUCGUCUCUCUUCUCUCUGUAUUUGAACACUGCCCAAAGGAAGGUUUAUGACCUGUUAAUGUCCUUUAUUGUUGCUUGGUUUAGUUGUUCUUUAACCGAAACUUCAGUGGUCAGUUUGGCCCUUAUAUGCUCAUUCUCUCGUAUGCGGGGCCAUCUUAAUUUGGGCAAUGUGAAGCCAGAAGAGGUUUCAGAUGGCACAGUGCAAGCUGUGGCCGAGGCUUUGAGGAAUUCUACUUCUCUUAAGGUUUCUGAAGAUGGGAAGAAGGUUGGUAGGACCACUGAGCUGGCAAAGCUAGACGAGGUAAUAGAACAAUUGGACAGCAGGACUGUUGCAGCAUCACCCUUGGAGUAUGAUGUCAAGCUUGAAGAUUUGGAGUCUUUCUUCGGUCAGUUUGCCAAGGUUAAUAGCGUGAGGCUGCCACGCCAUCUUGCAGAUAAAAGGUUACUUUGUGGCAGUGCUCUGAUCGAGUUCUCAACUGAGGAAGACACUGAAAAGGUUUUGAAGCAAAGCUUAGUUUAUGCCGGUGUUGAGCUAGAACUAAAACCAAAGAAAGAUUUUGAUGCAGAAAGAGCAAGGGAAGAGAAGGAAGUUGAAAAUAGUCGUCCCCAAGUGGGUGCUAAUCAGAAAAAUAAAGCAAGUGCAGAAGCAAACUAUCCUAAAGGCUUAAUUAUUGCAUUUACACUGAAGAGGAUGCCAUCAGGAGAUUCUACUGAACAAAAUGUCGGCGAUAGACUGGCCAAUGAAAAUGUUGAUGCUUGCCAAUCAGGUGGAGAACCAGCUUCCAAGCUUGAUUCCAUUGAAGAGGCUGAAGGGAAGAUGGCAGAAGAUGUAAAAGGUGAUGAAGAAAAGCCUGGGAAUGAUAAUGGAAAGGAGAGGGGAGACAAUGAUAAUGUAAAGGAGAGUGGAUUAAAGGUUGAAGAAAAGAGUAAUUUGGAAAGUGAAGCAAAGAAAACUGAAGAUGGGGAUAAUCUUGACGGAUCUACUGAAAAAGAUGAGGAUAAAGAACCAGGGAAAGAGUUACAUGUUGCUGAUUCGUUCAAGGAUAAUAAAGAUGUUAUUAUACGGGAGGAUUUGAAGGGAAUUUUCUCAAAAUAUGGUACUGUAAAGUUCGUUGAUUUUAAGAUUGGAGACGAGUCAGGGUACAUUCGUUUUGAAGAUGCAGGGGCUGCCCAGAAAGCACGUGCUGCUGCCGCACUUGCUGAGGAAGGUGGUCUGGUUGUCAAGAACUACAUAGCUUAUUUAGACCCUGUCUCUGGUGAUGCUGAAAGGGAGUACUGGAGUCUACUUCGAUGCAAUCAAGAACGAUACUAUGGGAAGGUGGGCAACAGAGGAGGAAGGGGUGGGAAGCAAAGUAGAGGUGGAAGACAUUUCAAUGGGAAGCGCUCGAGAGAGAAUGACAAUGCAGCUCGUCGCAAUAAAGCGCAGAAAAUUUGAGAAGCAUGCAAGUUGCGGAGCGGCUUAGCUAGCUUGAUGAUGCUCCACAAUUUUGUGCCGUAAAAAAUGUUCUCAAAAUCUGGUUUUGGUUUUAAGUUAUCAGAGCUGCCUUGCACCGAUAACAUAUGAUGCGAUAUGUUUUAGCUAUUACUGUCCAUUUUGUUUUGGCUUGAUAAGCUAUUAUUACCCUUUAAUGUAAUGCAACCGCUUAAAUUUAGUUCUAAGUUUUGCUACCAUUUAUGUUGAGAAUUUUGUCAUUUUUGGUUC